AUGUCCGCAUCAACAGUGGACAUCGAACCAUCGCUGCAGAGUGAGUUGCGAUCAUUCCGACUGUCGAAAUCGACAUCAAAGAACGCAGCACUUGUCGUCAAAAUCAACAAGCCAAAGCUUCUUCUUGAAAAAGAAGAGCUUAUCGAUCCCAUCACACCAGAAGAACUCGCGGAAGAAUUGCCCGAGCAUUCACCGCGCUUUGUCCUUCUCUCAUAUGAGAUGAAACAUGCAGACGGUCGGAUUUCGUACCCACUAGUGCUUGUGUACUGGGCACCUGAAUCGACCAACAUGGAACUAUCUACACUCUAUACGUCGGCGCUGCCGACAUUUUGUACACUUGCAGAUGUCGGCAAAGUGAUUGACAUCAGAGACGGCAACAUAACUACAGAGUAUCUCAAUGAACGACUAGGUGCACGCCGCUAG